AUGGACCUGCAGACCGGGCCUGCCGAGCGAGAGAUGAAGCUGAUCAUCUUUCUACCAGUCAUUACCCCUGUGGGCCACGGGGUCCUCAGCGUUGGCCUGGCUGCCCUGGACCCUGGGAGGAAACAGGCCCAGUCAUGGAAGGUCACUGAAGGUCAUUCAGCUGGAGCUCACAAGAAGGUUGAUGACCUGGCCUUCUUAAAGGAGGUAUAGGACCUCGCCCAGGAAGUUUAUGAAAUGAUGGCCAAGGCGAGAAACUUACAAAGACUUUGGGUAGAAAGAUCCAAGACUCCAGAUUCUUCUUAUGGUUCCAGUUUUUUAACAAUGAAUCUCAGUAAGACUGAGGAGGUGAUCGCCAAGCUGGAGAGUCUUCACCGGCAGCCCCCCGUCUGGGAUUUUCUACUUUUACUGCCGAGACUCUAUGCAAACAAUGUCCGUGUUGAAGACGGCCUCCUCGGGGGAGGACACCUACUCUGCUGGGUUCUGAGUUCCUUAUCAGCUCUGGAAUAUUUAGACUGGCCGCCAGUCAGCCACACCUUUUCCAGGGUCUCUGAAAUGGUGCUGCAUGUGGCCAUUUUGGCGCUGGUAUUUCUGCAGGAGAACGGAGCAGCGGCCAUGGAGUCAGGAUACAGCCUGUCCUUGAAAGAGCUGGUGUGGGACCCACAGAAGGUUCAGGCUGACCUGAAAUCCCGAUUCGGUUUUGAUGACCUUCACGCAGAACGAAUCCUGAAUUAUUCCGCUGAACUACAGGAGAUUCCCACAGACAGUUCACUGGGGCGGAUGCUGUGUUCAGCCUUGUCCAGCUCCCAUGAGGAUGAAGAGGAAGUGGGGGGUCACCCUGCAGACUGCAACCCUAGGUGGUCAGCGGCCAGAAACUACCUGCUCUGCGCCAUCAGCCAGCUGCACCUCUGCAAACAGGUGUUUGACCAGUGGCAGAAGGGCAGCCUCUUCCAGAGGGUCCUGGCGGGGACUGGCCACGGGCUGGAGGCUCUGGGGACUCAGUCUGGGGAGGGGAGCCAGCCCUGGACGGUGGUGGGAGCUUUGCAGGCUGCCCUUCUCCUCCUGAACGACAGUGUGGCAGUCGACGGCCCCCAAGGCAGCCACACACCUACCAGGAUAUUACUACACCUGCAGAAAUUGCAGCGCGUCCUUUGGGAGCUGCCCCCGUGGCCGGCGACAAGACUGCUGCAGCUUGACGGGGCUCUCGGGAGUGUGGUGGCCCAGCAUCUACACCUUGUCCGAGAAAUCCUCAUUUGCCUGGAGACAUCUGCUAAGGACUCUCGACCCGUUGGGCCUGGCCAGUCGAAACUAGAAAAGGACGUGCUUUUUGGGGAGUUAAAGCAGCUGCGGAUGAAGAAGAACGCCACUGGUCUGUGCCUGAACGGACGCUUGUCCCAGACGGAAGCUCCCCUGCGUCCCGGGACUGCCGGCGUCCGGGGGGUCCCCGGGGGGCUGGGCUGUGGUCACCACUCCACCAUUGAGGCCAGUGCUUUACAUAAGCUGCUUGAGUCACCGGAGGAUGUGGUGAGUAUCCACCGCCUGGUCUCUUCCGGGCACUGGGGGCUCAUUUCUGAGGUGGAUUCACCAAAGAUGCUCACACUGGAGCCUCAGUCUUACGAGGCAGCUGCCCCUGGGUGCCCCCUCCUGGUAUUUCAUACACUUGAGAAAGCCCAACAGUUCCUGGAACAAACAUACCCCUGGAAAGCCUUCAUGGGGUUCACACGGAAGACUUGCCAGGUGGCUCGAUAUGUGAAUAAGCAGGAAAGUUUCCAGAACAGUCUGCUUGCUUUCUCUGAGGAAUCUCCUUGUUAUGAAGAAAACAUGGAUUGGAAAAUCAUUGGUGAUAAUUAUUUCGCAUUUUUGAAUAACUUGAUCAAGACUCCAAUAGCUUCCAUAUCCAGGGUCUGAAAUUUCACAAAGGCACUUCUAAUGAUGGAAAAGAAGUUGCAGACCCUUGAGGAUGAACAAAUGAACUUCCUUUUAUCUCUUACGGGAUUUUUGGAGAAAUUAUUAUUGCCCAAUCCUUUCAGCUCAUCCAGUAUUCCCAAAUUCCGUAACCUCUCAUCUCUCCCUGAGACGAUUCUAAAUACAAGUCAUUUGUGGAUAAAUCAUUUAGCGAGUUUAGAGAGAGACACACCUGGUAUUGAUACUCAGAAACUUCUGGAAUUCGGCAAAGAAAUGAUUGAAAAAGUACAAACUCUUGAAAGUCUCUGGAUAAGGAAGGAAUCAAGAAAUAUCUUGAGAUUUAUGGAAUUAAUACUUUUUGGAAUGAAUCCCAAGAUCCUGGCAUUGUGGACGCAUGGCACUUCAAAAGGAGAAAGAGCUAAACUGGGAAUCUUGUCUACUCUUGUAAAUUUUUCUGAUCCAGAAAAUGAGAGGAUUCAUAGUAAAAGCUUUAACUUUUCCCAGUUGCUCCAUUCAGAUUGGCCUCAGUUGCCAGCCAGGAAAAUGGAUUUUGUUCAUUUAAGUGAAGUGAUAAUAAAUAGUCUCUAUGAAUUAGGAUUUCUGAGGCAGGAACAAGUCUCAGAAGCUGUGGGCACAGUCUAUGCUAUGAGGAAUGCAUCCGAUCUUUUCUCAGCGCUUUCUGAACCUCAAAAGCAAGACGUUGAUAAAAUUUUGACUCAUGUAUAUCUAAAUGUCUUCCAGGACAAAGAUUCAGCUUUACUUCUCUAGAUUUAUUCUUCAUUUUACCAAUAUAUUUAUAAAUUCUUGAGCAUUCAGAGGAGAGAGUCUUUGCUAUCUUUCCUUACGCAAAUCUCAAAACACAUUUUGGAUAUCAUAAAGCAAUUUAAUUUCCAAAACAUCACCCCAGCAUUUGCAUUUUUAUAUGAGACAACAGGGUUUCUUGGGGGAAUUUCUGAAGUAUCUUACUGUCAACAGUUGCUUUCAAUUUUUAACUUUUUGGAGUUUCAAGCCCAAUCCCUGAUGUCUACAGAGGGCCCCGCAGAGGAAGUGAUCCAUGCUACUUUGACAGGUCUCAAGCAGCUCUUCAUGGUGGAUGACAGUUUUCAUAUUUCUUUAUUUCAGUAUGUGAGCCAACUCGUCAAUGGCUCAGCAGAAGCCCUGCUGGGUAGUGAAUGCUUUGUUCUGGAUAAUAAAAGCAUUUCUUCCGUGAAUUAUUCAAUAGAUGAGGGGUCUUCAUCUAUUCGCCCAUGGGCACACAUCCUUUCAAACCUCUCAGCAAUCGGCGGUGAGUUCUGUGAAUUUACGGCCGUUCACUGUACCAUUUCAUGGCUGCAAACGUGGGACAAAAUCUGUGGACACAUGACUCAAAUAUUUCAGCUGGACACGAAUAUUUUCACUCCUCUUCGUGUUGGUCUCACUCAGAUUUUGGAUGCACUGGAUGAUGUGAAAAUUCCCAAAAGCUGCCAGGGAAUAUUUCCAGAUGUGGAAAACAAAAUGAACUCUACUUUGAACAUUACUUGGAUGUUGAAUAUAAUGAUGGGGACUUAUUUUUCAUUGAAUACAUCAAAUAUAAAUUGUGUGAACGUUUACUUAAAAAAUGUGACUGACUUUCUAAACGUUAUACUUAAUGCAGUCUUUGAAAAAGAAAAGGUACCAAAAUCUGAGAUUUUAUUAACUCUUUUAAAUGAUUCCACAAACCAAGUAAGGAUGCUUAUCAACAACUUAACAAGGGACUUUGAUUUUGCACCUCAAUCCAACUGGAAACAUUUUACUGAAUUAAUUCUAAAACUCAUAGAAAUGUCAGAUGAAAUGCCUCAUCAGUUUCAAAGUAUUUGGCUGCAUUUAGUAGCUCUGGGGAAGGAAAUUCAAAAACUUGUGAAAGAUAUUUCCCCUAACAUCCUGGAGAAGAACACCUCUUCUAAAACUGAAAAAAAUUUAAACGUAAUUGCUACCAGUCCAAAGGAAAAUGAUAUACACAACUUAGGCCGUUCACUUUAUCAUUUAGCUAGUUACCUUGCCUUCAAUUUAUCUCAUGAUCUCCAAAAUUCACCCCAGAUAAUUUCUCAUGGAUUAAUGAAAGCCGUGGGUCUCAGUAUUGAAUUCGUGAGGGAGGCGUUCAAUGCCCUGAUGCCCUCAGUUUAUCACGAUAUUCCACAAGAGCCAGAUAAUUUUCAAGUUUUAAAGAAGGUAACUUCUCUCCUGCGCAUGGUCAAGGAAACAGACAUACACCUGCUAGUAGACCAGCUGGAACAGAUAAGUGAAAGCCUGAUGGAUUUCUUUAAGAACGUCAGUAGGUUAGGUACUGGCAGUUUGGGGGUCAGCUUCUUUGUUGACUUGAUGGAAAAACUUGUCGACAGCUCACGUUCUUGGAGUGUUUACCACCUGCUGAGGUUCUCACGCCUGCUUCCUAAAGAGGACGCCGAUGCCUCAGUUGACGUGUACUAUGUGCUCCCUCAUGCCAUGAGGCUCCUGCGGGGCGUGGGUGACAAAAACAUCAUGGAGGCCCUCAAGGAUGUCUGUAACGUCACACUCCUGCAUGGCAUAAGCCUUUCAGACGUCACCAAGGAAGACUUCGCUAUUGUGAUUGAAACUCUUUUGGACACAAUUGAAUUAAUAUCAGAUCAACCAGGCAUCCUUUCAGAGGCUUUAACUUGUCUUCCUGUGUUUUGGUGUUGGAAUCACACAACUUCUGGAUUUCAGCAGAAUCCAAGGUCAGGAGCCUGUGAUGCCCACGAGCUCACGUCUCCUUCCUUUCACAGCAAAGUGGCCAGUAUCCUUGACCACCUCCACCUGUCUUCCCCAGGUGAAGACUCACAAUGUUGGAAUGAAAGCUCACAGGUGGAAAUAACUAGGAAAGUAGCCUGUGUAAUUCAUGAAUUAAUGGAUUGGAAUUCCAUUCUUCUAGAGCUGUCCAAAGUCUUCCAUGUUAAAACUUUGCUUGUGAAAACUGUGCAAGAAUUUUGGCAUAAGGUGUUACCAUUUGUCCCAUUUUCUGGAAAUCAAAGCAAUGGCAGCAUCUCUGAACUUUGUCCCAGUGGUUCCAUAAAGCAAGUUGCUUUGCAAAUCAUAGAAAAAUUAAAAAAUGUCAACUUUACAAAAGCCACAUCAGAUGAAAACCUCCUUGAUAAACUAGCUAGUUUAAACAAGAUCCUUAACGUUGAUGAAGGAACAGAAUCAUCUGUUAGAAAUAUUUCCUUACAUUUGGAAAGGAUAAUAAACUUGCUUUCUAGGGAUGAGAGCCUAGAAAAUAGUACUAAUUCUCUAGUCUCUCUAUUCAUGACAUUUCAAAAAAAAAACCUUACGGGUGGUAGUUUAGAAGCACUAUCACGUUUUAUUAAAAAAAGUGAAACAACUUACAACUUCGAAGAACUAUGGCUUGAGUUUGAACAAAUCAUGAAAGAUCUAACCCAUAACUUUAGUAUCAGACCCCUGUUUUCUGAAAUUAACAAAGAAAUGCAAAUUACUAAUUCAGUGGCUCUUCAAAACCUAACUUUGCCACUUGCCCAUUUUUUGGAAAGCCUGGAUUCAUCAUCCUUGAAGACACUAGAAAUCAUUGAAGAUUUUUUAUUGGUCAUAAAAAACUGGUUUCAUAAAUAUGCAAAUGAAGAUUACUCCAAAAUGAUACAAACAUUAUUUCUUCUUACAGCUAACAAGAGUUCAACUGAUGAUAAAGCUUUGUUGACUAAAGAUAUUGCUACCUUUUUGGGUUAUCUCAAAAAUGUUUCUAGAGAAGAUAAUUUUGAUGUUGCCCUACUUCUUCGUCUGCUAAACCAAGAACAGCUAACUAAUUUCUCAGUUGUUCAGCUGCUUUUUGAAAACUUCCUAAUUAAUUCAAUCAACAACUUAGCUGAGAGUGCUCAAGAAGCAGCCUUGAAUUUAAGUGAUACCAACCUUCAAAUAAUGAAUUUCAUUAACCUCACCUUGAACCAUACACAGUCAGAAAAUGGUGAGAGAAUCAUUCUCCCUCCAAGAAGCAUAGUGGAUUUCAUGGAACAGUUUUUGAAAACAUUCUUCCCCUUUUUACUAAAGAAAAAUUCUGGGGACAAAAUAUCUCUUCUGCUGAAAGACUUCCACAAAGAUGUCAUUGCAGAGAUGAGUUUUGUCCCAAAGGAUAAAAUUCUAGAAAAUGUGAAACUGGAUCAUUUUCUUACCUCCAUGAAAGAGGACAGAUAGGUGAACAUUUUUUCAUCUUUAAAGGAAGCUGUGUAUCACCUAAUCAAAUGCUCAUUUAUGUUAGACGGUGGAGAAUUUUAUUUUGACAAUCCUCUAGGACUGCAGUUCAUGGGAGAUUUAUUCCACUCUCUUCUAAGGGAAACCUCAAUGAAAAAUGAGACUGAAAAUAAUCUGGAGUUUCUUACAGUGGUGAUCAAUCAGUUGCUUUCCCAUAUGAACAGUUCUGAGGACCUUUUCAAACUCAAUCAAGAUCUCAGGUCUGCUCUUCACCUCGUGAGAGAAAUGUCAAUAGAGAUAGCACGUCUCAUGGACACUCUUUUAAACUCUCCUAUUAAGGACUUACGUGCCCUGUACCCUGCCCUCCAAGAAGUUAUACUCGCUAAUCUAACCGAUUUGCUUUCCUUUAUAAAUAGUUCAUCUCCCCUAAGAAACAGAGCAACGUUAGAAAUUACCAAGCGCUUACUUGGUGUUAUCUCAAGGGCAAGAGCGGGUGGAGAAAGUCGUGCCCUGACCCCCCUCUCAGAAAUGUCUAGAACUCUGACCAUGCUGGUGGACGAUGGAGCCGAAAUGAGAGGUCUUGCCACCUCCGUCACCUCCACCGUGCACCUUCUUAAGCUGGCCGAGAAAACUUCAAGAGAGGUGGCUGCCAUGUUUGAAAUGCCUUUCGUCUUCACAGCCAACAACACCAUGAAAUUCUUGGACACCCUUUAUUCCAUUUUACAACAAAGUGUUCGAGAUGUUGCCAAUGAAAUGAUUACUUUGAAAAAAGCAGAUCGUUUAAUAUUUGAAAAUAUAGAUGACUUGUUGAUGCCAUUUCUUGACUUGGCCUUUGGGAUGAUUGGAGUCAAACCUGCUGUUUCCCAAGACUCUGAUAUUCUCAAUAUGUCAUCUAGCAUAUUCACAUAUGUGAACCAGUCCAAAGAUAUUUAUGAUAUUAGGGAAGAAAUAGCUGAAUUUUUAACUUCUGUGAAAAUCAAUUUGGGAGAUAUGGAACGUCUCGUGGCAGCAUUUAAUAAUGGGACCCAAAUAUUUUCUGUGGAUUCUGUCAACUUAUGGGAAGAAAUCCUGGAUUGCUUAGUUCCUAUAGAUAACAUCAUCAGUCACAUAGACUUUUUAUAUUCUAAUCCAAUUUGCACUCAUAAUUUGCCUCAAGAUACAAAAGGGGAAAGAACUCGUGAAGUGAUCCUGUUUUUGCAUGAAAUACCGUCACGAAACAGCAUGGAACUAGGGACUUACUUGAGAAAGGUGAUCGACCUCACCUCAGAAGCGCUUUGGCAUAAGUUAGGGAAGGACAACAAGGAUGUUUUUAGUCUGUUGCUGACAUUGGCUCCACAUCCAAAUGACCUUUUGAAAACCGUAACAGCAGUUGUAAAGCCCUCCAGUGUGUUGAAAAGUGACAACAGAGGUGAUUUGAGUAAAGCUUUGCUUUUCAGUACUUCUUUGAUUCAGGACGUGACUCACCAACAACUCAGAGAAGCAGUCCAGAGCGUGUUACGUAGAAUAGCUCUCGUGAGUCAAGAGUUUCUCCUCAACAGCUCUCAGAAGACACACUCCUUGAGCACUUUGUUUCAGCAUUUUGAAAUUUUUAUUAAUGCAACCCCUGGAGAGAAUAGCAGAUCAAGAAAAGAUGAGAAGACCAAGGAAGAGCUGGUUGACUUUCCUGACAUCCUCAAACCAUUAUCACAUUUUGAGAAAUACCAGAAGGGAUUGAUUGCAUUGGCUGGAUACUGGCAAAAGGUCACGCCCAGGAUGUGGGCCUGCUCCUCACAGGCCUGUCCCUAUGCCCUCCCCCCGCCCCACCCCACCCCACCCCGCUGCCAGUUCGCUGCCACCCGGAACCACGAGCUCUCCCUAAAGGAGGCGGCUGGUGAUGGGGUCAGUGAUGGACUCUGGCCAGCAGCCUCCAUCCCGCCGGCACUCUGCUCUCCUCACCCGUCUUCCCAGGACCACAGGGGCCUCCUGCAUCCAGGCUGCCCCCACGCCCGCCCGACCCGGCGCUCGGCCCCGCCCCCGGCGCUCGGCCCCGGGAGCCCCUCCUCCCGCAGCUCCGGGGCCCACUGGGACCGCGGGCCCCAAGAUGCGUGCGCAGACCCAGCGCGUUGGAACUGGGCGGAGCAGGGCGGACCCGGGCUUCCGGGCGCCCCGCACGCGGCUUUGCAUGUGCUUAUCUGGACCUUCCAUCCCCGCUGUGGCCAGCGUUGCGUCUGGAUGGUCCAGUGCCUGGACAGUUACAGACCUCCCCCAGCACGAGAAGGAGAGUCCACUGUGUGGUCUCCGCCUCGAGGGCGCCGGGCUCAGGCUUCUCACCGACAUGGCACCGCCCGCCUGGAGCCCCCGAGCCCUGGAGGAAGGGUCUGCGCGCCCGUCUUAGAGGCAGUGACCGUGAGGGAGGGAGCAGCCUGUCUCCCGGGGUGGCAGACGUCUGAGGGUCCAGCAGGCAGCAGGGACGCGGGAGGAAUGGAGCCACGUGUCCAGGAGUCCUGCCACCAAGUAGGAAACGGAGAGCCUGGCCCGAUGGCCUGGCCCCUCUCCGCCCCGUCCUCCCCGGGGCGUCAGACGGACAGGACUCCAGCCAAGGCCUCGUGCUCUGUACAUGCUGGACCCUGGCUUCCCGCCCGCCCUGGUCCGCGAUCUGGAGGUUCCGUGCUGGUGGUGGCCCCAGGAGGCAGCGCGAGUUUGGGUGCUCAGAUCACAUCCUGGGAAGCUCCCCUGUGCCCGGGGACCCCCGAAGGAGGGACUCAGAGCUCAGGACCCUCGACUGUGACACCUCAGGAUUCUUCACAUUUAACUCACUUGGAACAUACAUUUGAGCUGGAAAAGAUCGGGACCUCUCCCCAUCAGCUGAGUUGUGAAGGUCUUAUCAGGAAUCUGUCCAGCGCCUUGGAAAGCUUCAGGAGCAGCUUGGAAGAUGCCAGCGAGCAGGACUGUGAAUGCCAGCCUGGACCGGCCUCCAUGCUGCACACGCACACGUACGUGUUGGCCCAAAGCCUCGAGAAGACUUUGUUGUCUGGGAAUCCCAUUAUGACUUUUCUUAGUAAUUUCACAGUAACUGGGGACAUAAAAGUAAAAGAGUUGAUGCAGAACAUCACCAAGUUAAAAGAGCUUCGAUCUUCUCUCCACAUCUCAGAUGAAACUAUCAGCAGCAUUUUAGAAGCAAACGGUUCCCACUCAGAGGUUCUCUCCAGUGCCCCGACGGUGGCUUUGUCUCGAAGGUGCGAUGGGGAUGUGUUUUGUCUGCCGCUCAAGUUCCCUGAGGAUGGAAAGUCCGGGUCUGCAGCGAGGGAGCUGUGCCGCCUGCCUGGGGCCCAAGUGUUUUCCCUGAUUGUGCUGAUGGGUCGGAACCUGGACCUGCGGAAUUUCAUAUACAAAGAGGAUGAAUGUUUCCUAAACGUCCCCAUGCUCUGCAAAGCCACGUGCAUCGUGGUGGGAUCCGUGCCUGCAGCUCACACGCAGGCCGGCCCCGAUAAUGACUUUGACAAGGGCCAUAAGGAUGAGACACUGGGUUGGAGUUGGUCUUCCAGACACAAUGGAAUCGACACCACCGUGAAUAACACCACCUCCUCCUAUCCGCGCGGCUCCAGGGAAGCUGAUGGGUACGCGCUGUCGCUCAGAGGUGUCAGCCGUCAAGACACACUCGGGGAGCCACACCAGCGCUGGGGCCCAGCAGCCUGGGCUCCCUCCCAGCUUCCCUCAGCUGAGAGUGACUCUGUGAUGCCUUUCACAAAACACAAUUCCAGGUUAACGUCCAGUGCAUUCUUCUGGCCGUCAGUGCUGGGACUCCACGCAGGAGGGAAGCUGGGCCAGAUGCUGAACCGCAUGGGCGCUGGACGCCGCCGCUCCCUGGGCCGCAUCCUGGCCAACCUGACCUCCUGUGUCCUGCUGACCCUCUUCCAGGGCCUGACCUCCACCACCUCCCUGGAGGCGACCUCACAGGCCCUCAUGCGGAAAAAAAGCUUCUUGGCCAGCCCAGUGCUAUUCCCUGCGUCCAUGUUUACCAAGAACCUCAGCUCAGAAUCUCUCCAGCUGCUGCCCCAGGUUACAUACAGCAUCUGGACCAGCAUCUUGUACAGCAUGAGAAUGGAUCUGGUGAAAAACCCUUUCUGGAAGUUCCACCCUCAGAGCCUCCCAGGCAAUGGGUUCAAGUAUAACUACAUCUUUGUCCCGUUGCAAGACACGAUCGAAAGGGCUAUCAUCUCAGUGCAGACGGGGCAGGAGGCCCUGGACCCGGCUGUGCAGGUGCAGGCCAUCCCGUACCCGUGUCACACCAGCCACCUUUUUAUAAACAAAUGGUUCUUCUUCUUCCCGCUGAUAGCGAUACCCAUGUGGAUGGUGUCUGUGGCCAGCGUGGUCCGCAGGCUGGUUUACGAGCUGGAGAUCCAGCUGGAGGAGUAUGUGAGGACGAUGGGCGUGCCCCCCGCCGUCCACUUGCUGGCCCGGCUCCCGGAGCAUGGGGCAAAGCUGAUGGUGAGCAGCGCCGCCCUGGCCCUCAUCCUCGGGGUCAGCGGCAUCUUCACCUCCAGCAGCACCUGGAUGGUCCUCUUCCUCCUGGACGUCGGGGUGUCGGUGAUCUCGCUGAGCUGCCUCCUGAGUGCAUCCUUCGGCCGGGCGAGCUCGGCAGCCCUGUGCAGCAGCCUGCCCUACGCGGCCAGCUUCCUGCCCUGCAUCGUGCCGACCUGCAGGCCUCCCUCGUCAGUGCGUUGUUUUGUGAAACUGCAGAGCAAGGCUGCCGUGUACCCCGCAGCACGUUUCAGUGCAUCACUGUCAGAUGUGUGGGGCUUUCCCGCAUCCCCGCAGUACCUCCUCUCCACAACUACUUUUGGACAAGGAGUAUUUUUGGUUACAUUCCUGGAAAGGCAAGAGGCAGGGAUUCAGUGGGAUAAUAUGUACCGGUCUCUGGAACUAGGGGGCAUGACAUUUGGCUGGGUUUGCUGGAUGAUUCUGUUUGAUUCAGGCCUUUACUUCUUAUGUGGAUGGCACUUGAACAACUUGAUUCCUGGAACUUCUGGUUUAAGGAAACCAUGGUAUUUCCCCUUCACUGCUUCCUAUUGGCAGGAUGUGUGUGGGUUGGUGGUGAAAAGGCAGAUCGUGGCAGGUUCUCACCUGUUCUUCUUCAGUGGGGAUGUAGACAGUCAAGGCUCAUGCAUGCAAAAUGGGGAAGGAGAGCUGGAAGGAGGCCCCCCAGGUGUUGUCCUGCUUUCUGUGACCAAGGAGCACGAUCACCACCAGGUGGGGGUCCGGAACCUGACCCUGACCUUCCACAGGGACCAGAUCACUGCCCUGCUGGGCACCAACGGUGCUGGGAAGACCACUGUCAUUUUGCAUUUUCUAGCAUUUCCUAUAAGUGGAGUUGUGCUGGAUCCUCCGUUGGCACGAUGCUCGGAGACCCACGUGUGGUACUGUCGCAUCAGCUGCGGCUGGCGGGAAGUUAGGUGCGACUCCCCGCAGGCGGCAGGCGUCCCCGGGGCCGCUGGGGGUCAGGGCGGCACCCCCCCGACUUACGUGUCUUCUCUGCAGAUCUUUGCUGAGGGGGCUCUACCCCCGCCAUCCGGAGCCAUCGCGGUCAAUGGCAGGAACCUGCAGACGGAGGCAUCCUCGGUCAGGGCGGAGCUGGGCACGUGUCCGCAGCGCGACGUGCUGUUUGACCCCCUCACGGUGCUCGAGCACCUGCCGCUCUUCUCGUCCCUGAAGGCACCACGGGGGACACGCCGGGAGCUGCGUGGGCAUGUCGGUAGAACUCUCCAGGAUGCAGGGCUGGCGCAGCACCUGCCCCAACACGCCCGCGCACUCGGGGGCACGUGGAGUAAGCUGUCCCUCGGCAUCGCCCUCCGACGCGUCGUGGUCCCGGACGAGCCCACCGGCGGGGUGGACCCGUGUUCCCGGCGUGGCGUCUGGGACGCGCUCCUCGAACACCGAGAAGGCCGGACCGUUGUCUUCACCACCCACCAGCUGGACGAGGCCGAGAUGCCGAGUGACCGCGUGGCCGUGCUGCAGCAGGGGCGGCUCCAGUGUUGCGGCACCCUCUCCAGCCUGACCCAGGCCCACGGCCGGGGCCUCCGCCUGACGUUCAGCAAGGAGCCUUCUGUUCUGGAGGCCGGUGACCCAAAGGACACAGCUUGUGCCACGUCUCUGAUGCAGACCUACAUCCCACAGUCAUCCCUCCGAGGCAGCAGCUGGGGCGAGCCGAGCUACACGAUCCCUGAGGAUGCAGGCAGAGCCUGCUUCAAAGGGCUUUUCCAGGCCCUGGACCAGAACCUUCACCACCUGCCCCUGACGGGCUAUGGGAUCUCAGACACCAGCUUAGAAGAGGUGUUUCUGAGUCUUUUGCAAGAUUCCAUGAAGCAAUGUGAUGCUGCCCCGGGGACGGAGUCGGCGCCGCCAGAGCCUGGCCCUUGUGCUCAUGUCACAGGCUUUACGGCACGCCUGCUGGCACCCCCGGUGCGGGGUGGCCCCCUGCUCUGGGCACCAACGGCCGCCCUCCUGCUGAAGCGGCUCCGCCACUCGGGUCAGGCCUGGAAGGGCACUGCCACCGACCUGCUGCUGCCCGUGCUCUUCGUGGCCUUGGCGAUGGGCUUGUUCAUGGUGAGGCCUUUGGCCAUUGACUGCCCUCCCCUCAAACUGACACCUGGCCAUUACGACAUGGCCGAAACCUACUUUUUCAGCAGUGAGAACGGUGACAUGGAGCUCACCCGCGUGCUUUUGCGGAAGUUUGGGGAUCAGGACCCGCUCUGUGCUGACUUACACUCAGACCUGGGGAAUUCUUCCUGCUGGUGCAUGGACCCCUUCUCUCACCCAGAAGUCCAGGAGUCCUGCGGCUACCUGAAAUGCCCCAGUGGAAGCACCAGGGUUCCCUACCUGACCAACCGCCUGGGCCACAGGCUGCUCAACCUCUCCGGCCUCCCCCUGGAGGAGUAUUUGCUGGCGCCGGAGGAAAAACCAAGGCUCGGAGGAUGGUCUUUCGGAGUGAGAAUCCCUGAUUAAGUUCAAGACGCACAUUCAAAUACAUCAAAACCCAGAACUUUGACAAAGGGCCAUUAAGUUCUCUUUCUUUUUUGGGUGUGGUACAAUCAGAAGGGCGUUCAUUCCCUGCCAUCCUACCUGAAUCAUCUCAACAACCUUAUUUUGUGGAGGCUCUUACCCCCUGUGGCAGACUAGAGGCAGUACGGAAUCACGCUCUACAGCCACCCAUACGGAGGAACCUUGCUGAACGAGGACAAGUUCCUGGAAAGCAUCCACCAGUGCGACAUCACCCUAUGCAUCGUGCUUGGAUUCUCCAUCCUGUCCGCGUCCAUCGGCAGCUGUGUGCGGGACAGGGUGACUGGGGCCACGAGGCUGCAGCACAUGAGCGGCCUGGGCUACAGGACCUACUGGCUCACGAUCUUCCUGUGUGACGUGCUCUUUUACUUGGGUUCUGUCUGCCUGUGUGUUGCUGUGAUCCUCGCCUUCCAGUUAACGGCUUUCGCUUUCCGGGAUAACCUGGCGGCCACGGCCCUCCUGCUGGCACUUUCUGGACACAUGACUCUUCCGUGGGUGUAUCUCAUCUCCAGAAUCUUCUUCAGUUCGGACGUGGCUUUCAUCUCCUACAUCUCCCUGAACUUCCUCCUCGACCUCUGCACCAUGCCGAUGUCCGUCAUGCCCUGGCUGUUGGCCUUUGUCUCCAAGUCUCAGAAUUUGCAGAACAUCUGUGACGUCCUCAAGUGGGUCUUCACUAUUUUCCCUCAAUUCUGCCUGGGUCAAGGGCUGAUAGAACUCUGUUACAAUCGGAUCAGAUACAACCUGACCCACAACUUCGGCAUCGAUUCGUACGUGAACCCCUUCGAGAUGAGCUUCCUGGGCUUGAUCUCUGUGCAGCUGGCAGUACAAGGGACGGUCCUUCUCCUCCUGAGGGUCCUGCUGCACGGGGACCUCUGGCAGUGGCCCAGGGGCCACUCUGCCAUUCGAGGCACAGUCACAUCUUCCAAGGAUGUAGAUGUUGAAAAAGAGCAAGUGAGGGUGUUGGAAGGCAGAACUAGUGGAGACAUUCUCGUGUUGUACAACCUUAGUAAAAGUUACAGAGGCUUCUUCAAGAGGACCACUGCCGUGCAAGAUAUUAGCUUGGGCCUACUCAGGGGAGAGUGCUUUGGGCUUCUACGGGUGAACGGAGCUGGGAAAACCACCACAUUCAAAAUGCUGACCGGGGACCUGCCUCUGAGCUCAGGACACGCCAUCCUCAGGACUCCCAUGGGAGAGGAUGUGGAUCUGGCUAUUGCUGGCACAGCCGGCAUCCGCGUUGGCUACUGUCCGCAGCAGGACGCCCUGGACGAGCUCCUGACCGGCUGGGAACACCUGCGUUAUUACUGCAGCCUGCGUGGGAUUCCAAAGCAGUGCAUCCCCAAAGUGGCCGGGGACCUCGUGAGGCCCCUCCACCUGGAAGCCCACGUGGACAAACCUGUGUCCACCUACAGCGAGGGGACCAAGAGGAAGUUGUCCACAGCCCUGGCCCCUGGGAAACCCGACCUUCUCUUACUGGACGAACCCAGCUCGGAGAUGGAUCCCUGCUCCAAGUGGCACCUGUGGGAGGUGGUGACGAAGGAGGUUCAGGAGGGCUGUGCCGUGGUCCUGAGCUCCCACAGCAUGGAGGAGUGUGGGGCCGUGUGCACAAGACUUGCCAUCAUGGUCCAUGGCAGCUUCCGGUGCCUGGGUUCCCCACAGCACAUCAAAAACAGGUUUGGUGAUGGUUAUACAGUCAAGGUUUGGCUCUGCAAUGAAGCAAAUCAACACAGUGCUGUUUCUGACUGCUUGAAGCUCUCUUUUCCAGGAAUCCAGUUUAAGGGGCAGCGCCUUAAUUUAUUGGAAUACCAUGUGCCAAAAAGAUGGGUGUGCUGCCUGUUCAGAGUUCUGGAGGACAAUAAAAACUUCCUGAGUAUCAAAUAUUACUCCAUCAAGCAAACCCCUCUGGAGCAGAUACUUGUUAAUUUUGUGACUGAGCAGCAACAAACUGCACCACCUUCUGAUCCGUCCGCCCGUCGUGAGCACCCACAGACCCUGCCUGUCUAA